AUGGAGCUAUAUAAGGCGGACCCUGUGGGCGCGGCCAGCGUCCAUCAGCCGCUCCUGCUCAAGGCCCAGAUCUUGGGAGCGGUGCCGGCCCUUUGGAGAGGUGGCCACAAGGAGUGUGCCGAGCCAUACGGGGUCCCAUGCUCCGUUGUCUGGAGCAGACACGGACCGCCGGCCAGGGGGGGAGCCGCGUUGGAGCUCCCCUUCAGGCUCCAAUGGCCCUCGCCCAGGGCCACAUCCGAGAGCCCUGGGGAGCGACUCACCUUCGUCGCCCAGACACUGGGCCCCGGUAUCCUGGAAGCCAACGAUGUCCCCGAGAGCGUGCGACGCAUAGUGACUGCCACUUUGCGCGACACCUGGUUCUCAGAAGCCCGAAUGCGGACAUACAGUUCCAACUGGUGUUCGCACCGCAUGGAAAACCUGAUGCUGGACCUCUCUGCCAAUGCGCAAGCCAGUGCUCACCGAGGCCUGGACCCACGCCCAGACCCGAUUCCACCACCGAGCUGGAUGGACGACCUAGCCAUCCCCCUGCGUGCAAGGGACACCAAGUGCCUGUUGGAAACGGUGACCACGGUGCUCAACGACCUUUGGCAGGCCAUGAGGGACAUGGGCCUGGACAUCAACUUCUCUCAAGGGAAGACUGAACUGUUGCCAGUCAUCUUGGGCGCAGGAUCCCGGCAAGCCCGUCGAGAGCUCCUUUGUGAAGCUGGAGCCAAACACCCGGUGCAUCUCCCUAUGGGCCACUCUGUGCAACUCCAUGUCACGGAGACCUAUGUGCAUCUAGGUGCCAUGCUCGACAGUGCCAACAACGACAUGGCUGCCAUCCGCCACCGAGCGGCACUUACCCGCAAAAUGCUGGGGCUUCUGGCGGCUCGCACAGGCCCAGCUGGUGAGCUGUAUCGCCGAGCCUACAUGGAAAUGCCCAGACAGCUCCUGCGUUUGGUCUCGGGGCUCUCUACGCAGGGGCUCACAGACGACGACGUCUGCCUGGUCCUUGGCCUAGGGAAUGCUGCGGAGGCCCGUCAGGCCGACUUAGUGCGCCACCUGGGCUGGAUUUUCCAGGAACCUUCAGCGGCUCUCCACCAGUUGUGGGAGUCUGAUCAGGAAUGGGCCAACGAAGCUUGGGCGGCUGUGGAGCAGGUUGCGGCCGCCUCGGG